AUGCUGCCGAUGCACCCAAAGGACAACCAACGUGGUCACCCCGUGCCGCCACUGCUCCAGUUGCUCAUCACGCUGCGAUUCUACGGCGCCGGUACCUUUCAAGUUGUUACCGGAGACCUUGUUAAUGUGUCUCAGGCAAUCGUGUCAGGCAUCAACGCACGCAUAUCAAGAAUGAUAGCCGACGCAUUGCUCCCGCAGCUUGUGAGGUUGCCUAACGCCAGUGAAGCAGCCGUGGUAAUAGAGGAAUUUUAUGCCAUGGCGCGUUUCCCUGGUGUGAGCGGCUGCAUAGACUGCACUCAUGUGCCCAUGAAAAAUCCCGGUGGAGAAGACGCGGAGGUCUUUCGGAAUCGUAAAGGCUACUUCUCAAUCAAUGUCCAGAUAAAAACAUCAUCAGUCCCUAUCAUCAUAACAGCUUGUGCCCCACUGCACAACUUCGGCCACCUCCUGAGAGAACCCGUCCCACCUCCACCACAAAGCCAGGUCAUUCAUGACAGCAGUUCACCUGCUACCAUCUCAUCUGCUCCGCCACCACCAGCAGCCAUGCCGCUUGUGCCAGACACAGCAGGCGGAUUCAGGAUGAGGGAGCGCAUAGUCGCGCAGUAUUUCACUUAA